AGACUGUAUCCAUACCUUGCACUCCAAAGACACCUGGUUGAAACAAGCUCGAGUGGUGAGGAUUGGAGAAGUGCCUUAUAAGAUGGUGAAAGGUUGUUCCAACCAAGCGAGAAAAGCACGAAUGGCAGAAGCUGCAAAUCGGGACAAAAUGGAUUUGCCAUUGUUUGGUCUCUGGCAGACUGAGAAAUACCAGCCACCUCUGGCUGUUGAUGGAAGGGUUCCUCGGAAUGAGUUUGGGAAUGUCUAUCUCUUCCAACCCUGCAUGUUACCAAUAGGCUGUGUGCAGCUAAAUCUUCCUAGCCUUCAUAGAGUGGCCCGUAAACUAGAUAUUGACUGUGUUCCAGCUGUUACAGGAUUUGAUUUUCAUGGUGGUUACUCUCAUCCUGUGUAAGUCAUAAACUUACUAUCUGAUUUUACUAGGAUAUACAAUGGUCCUUUGUGCUACUUAGUAAUACAGUUGUGUUGGAUUUACUUAGCAUACAUGGUUAUGGAUAAUAUUACAGAA